UGAAAACCUAAAUAUGCCAGAACUGUUAAUGGAAGGAGGUGUGAUACCUCUCGCCUACAAGAAAAACAAUGAUGCAUUUAUGCUUACUACUAUUCCAAAUUCUAAAACAGUAGACCAGGAUGGGUCAGAUGAAAAGCCCAAAGAGUUUUUUAAAAGAAAGUUGAAAGAAAUGAAGGUCUCCUUGGGAAGCACCAAGGUGUUGGUGCAUGUUUUGGUGUGUGUAUUUGCUAUUGCAUCAUGGGUAGACAUAAACGGCACCUGGGCAGAGCUGCCGUUGCUGGUUAUGAAAGCCAAAGAAGGAUGGUUGCUACCAUCUUACAUCAUUGUUCUAAGUCAGAUCGCCAACAUAGGGCCCAUAGCCUUUGUGCUGGUGUCAUACUUUUCACCAUGGAUGAAACCAAGGCUCGAAAAAGUCACCUCGUUCAUCAUAAUCCUCAUCAGCUUUACCGCAUGCUUCUUGCUGGCAUUCUUCUGGGAGGAAUCCUCCGUAGUUGGUGGGACAGAGCACAGCACAGCUUUCCUGACUCUGACGUUUUUCCUGGCGCUAGGGGACUGUACCAGCUCUGUGUCCUUCUACGCCUUCAUGGCUCACCUGAAGAAGGAGUACAUGGCAUCACUAUUUAUAGGUGAGGGGUUAAGCGGGAUGAUCCCUGCGCUGAUUGCCCUGGGUCAAGGCGCAGGGGACAUAACCUGUGUCAACGUCAGCUCCCAGGUCAAUGAAACCUACCCAAACGGAACUGACUACAACAAGACGGUCUACAACGUUUACCCUCAGUACGUGGAACCCAAUUUUUCUGUCCAAGUGUUUUUCCUCAUACUGUCUGGAGUCAUAGCAUUCUCCGCGGUCUCGUUCAUUCUGCUGAAUUUUUGGGGGUACUGUCGAUCUGAAAUGGUGGAUUACUCAUUAGACGAGGUAACAAGAGUGGUGCCCGACGCAAGUAAGUCUAGUCUUUCUUACGGUGCUUUGGAUGAUUGCACGGAUAAACAUAAUAUGUAUAGUGAAGACACAAAAAACCAGAAUACGUAUUUAAAAGACAAUGGACAUAUCGGUCCGUAUGACAUAGAUCAACAAGAUGAAUUUCAUAUAAAGGAUGAAGGUCAUGUAGGUCAGUAUAAUGAAGGUCGACCUGAAGAAGAAAAGACAGACCCCAGCUUUAAGUCCAGACCAGGUUCACAAACCCUCUCAGACGCUACGAAUACUGAAUCUUCAACCACGGAUAAAAACAACUCAAUCCAAACCAAAGUUCUUGAAACUCCCCAAACAAUAUUCAUGUGGAAAUUCUUCGCACUCCUCUUCCUCCUCAUAGUGAUUAACAUGACACUGACGACGUUUUUACCCACAAUUCAAAUCUACUCUGUGUUGCCGUACGGGCUGGAGUACUAUCACCUGACAACCACCUUGACCCAGAUCGCCAACCCCGUAGCCUGUUUCUUUGCUCUGUUCUUCAUGGCUGACCAUAUGUUUAUUAUACUGCUGGCAUCCGUGCUUGGAGAAGUGGGCGUCGGCUACAUUAUUUACCUGGCUGCACAGAGCCCGGCACCGCUGAUGUAUAACCAGUCUCAGGGGGGACAACUGGCAGUAGCCAUCUGGGUAGCACUCACCCUCCUGCUCACCUAUGCUAAAGUUUGUAUUGCAACAAGACUGCGCAAACAUGGGCGCAGCGCUCUCAUUUGGGCUGGCGUGGCAACACAAGUAGGGACCCUAAUUGGAGCCAUAGUUGGCUUCGUCCUCACUAGCGAGUAUCAUAUUUUUGCUGAUGCACCGUACUGUUGAUUCAUAGUACUGUUGAUACAUUGUUCUGGUUAUGCGCCUUUCUGUCAAAACACCAUACUGCUGAUACACUGUAUUGUUUAUGCAUCAUACUGUUGAUGCACCAUACUGUUUAUAAACCAUACUGUUCAUGUUAAUAAUAACACAAACUGCUGAUGCGCUGUACUAAUAAUAAUAGCCUACGGUUAAUCAAUGAUUCCACUAAUGUGAGAGACAGCCUAGUGUUUGUAAACUGGCUAUAAAGUUAUUUUUUUAAAUACAGCACCUACCACACUAAACAUAUUUAGCACACACAUACUUGGUUCCCACACUAUACAUAUUUAGUAACCCACACAGUUGGAUCCUACACUAAACUAGCAUACACUUGGCUCCCACACUUUAUUUAUUUAGCGCACACACUUGUUCCCCUAAAGGGAAUGUUGAUAUUGAUGCCCAGUAUUGACAACGCCCCAUACUAAAGAAACCGUGAUACCCUACCAUUUACAAUGUGCCAUUAUGAUGAUACCUAUCUGCCUCUGAUGAUUUCAGUGCAGACCAU